AUGAAUAAGGAGAUUCUGGAAUUAUGUGGGAAACUAGUUCCGCAAGCUUAUGUUUUACAGGGAGCUCAAGCUAGGACCUCACAUGAGAAUAAAAUCAAACAUUUAAUACAGCAUAGAAAACUUCCAGAAGAAGCCUGGGAUGACCAAACAAUAGAGCUUCUGCUUGAUGAACUGGCGGUCAUGGACAGCAACAACUUCCCAGGUAACUGUGGUGUGGGGGAGCGAGAGUCCAGGAUUGCUUCUUCUCUUGUGGCCAGAAGACAUUACAGAUUAGGCCAUGGCAUAGGGCGCUCAGGGGACAUUACUGCAGUGCAACCUAAGGCUGCUGGCUCAAGUAUUCUCAUGAAGGUCACCAACAGCUUGGUUCUUGAUGUGAUUAAACUAGCAGGUGUGCAUUCAGUUAGUAGUUGUUUUGUGGUUCCAAUGGCUACUGGAAUGUCUCUAGUUCUCUGUAUGCUGACUAUGAAACUUAACAGACCAAAAGCCAGAUAUGUCCUAUGGCCAAGAAUUGACCAGAAGUCCUGCUUCAAGUCAAUGGUAACUGCAGGUCUGGAGCCAGUGGUCAUAGAGAAUGUUCUGGAAGGGGAUGAGUUGAGGACUGAUAUGGCUGCCAUUAAAAAUAAAAUCACAGAGCUAGGAGCUGAAAACAUAGUGUGUAUCAUGUCUACUACCAGUUGUUUCACACCUAGGGUGCCAGACAGGUUAGAAGAGAUAGCAGCAGUCUGUAAAGAACAUGAUAUUCCACAUUUAAUCAACAAUGCCUAUGGCUUGCAGUCGACCAAGUGUACUCACCUCAUCCAGCAAGCCGCCAGACUGGGUCGGGUGGAUGCCUUCGUACAGAGCUUGGAUAAAAACUUCAUGGUGCCAGUUGGAGGCUCUAUCAUUGCUGGAUUUGAUACAAAGUUUGUGGAACAAAUUGGGAAAGCAUAUCCAGGUCGAGCAUCAAGCACACCCACACUGGAUGUGUUCAUUACCUUGUUGUCCUUGGGUGCCAAAGGCUAUAGACAACUGCUUGAAGAGCGAAAACAGAUGUUUUCUUAUAUGGCCACAGCCCUAUCACAAUGUGCUGCCAAAUAUGGAGAACGUCUGCUAGUCACCAAGAACAAUCCUAUAUCAUUAGGUAUCACCCUCAGCCUCUUAGAUGACCCCAAAGGUGAGAAAGCAACAGAGAUAGGAUCUAUGCUGUUUACAAGAUUUGUUUCGGGCACAAGAGUUAUUGCCCCCAGUGAAGUAUCCCAGGUGAGUGGGUUCUCCUUCAAGAACUUUGGAGCUCACAGUGACAACUAUCCAACUGCCUACCUUACUGCCGCUGCAACAGUGGGUAUGACAAAGUCUGAUGUGGACAUUUUUAUACAGCGGCUGGAGAAAGUUCUUUCGAAGUUCAAGGAGCAGGCAACUGAUUCAGAGCUUGAGAAAAACCUUAAACAAUGA